GCGCUGCUCGGUAAGGAAGACCAUGGCCAUUACCACAUGUGUGCUUCAACUCAUCCGAAGUUGGGUAACUUUGUUGAUAUUGUUGUCACCAAUAGUCGGUGCUGCCGUCGUUGAAUCUCACACAUUAAACCAUCAACAGCCCAGUUUUUAUUCUGCACUAGUAUCAUCUUCCGUGAGUAGUAGAAUUAAAAGAUGGUCGACCACGUUCGGUAGCACUAUUUCUAAAAAUAUGUCGAAUCCUGUGUCAAUUCGAGAUUGUACAACAGAUUCAGACUGUCUAGAUACGCCUUAUACUUCUUGCGCAGUCGACUUUAGUGACAGAAAAAGAAGAUGUCUUUGUGCAGACGGAAAACAACCUCAAAACGGCGAAUGCUUAAAGAAACCUAGAGGGCCUCUUUUUGUUCCAGCAUUAAGGGCUUCGUGUGAAACAGACUUAGAGUGUUUACCAAAUGCAAUUUGUUUGCAAAAUGGAACUGCAGCUAAUCCCAGGUUAAAGAUAUGUACAUGUAAGGAAGGAUUCAUCGAAGAAAACGAGGCUUGCAAUUAUGCUAACAUUAUGAAAUUCAACUAUGCUGCUAUUCUGAUGGCGAUUCUCACUUCAUGGUUUUGGAAUGAUCGCUUAGGAUAAUAUCAUGUUCUUUGUAACAAUAUUCGCACACAUAUCAAUCAAAUUAAAAAAACACAUUUUAUAUAUUUAACACAUAAUUUAAGUAACCAAGACAUCUGCUAAUGAUUGAAUGAAUUUAUUGUUUGUCUUCACUUAUGUAAAACGCGCAAGCUUAAAAAUAUGUUUAUAAAAAUUUUAUUUAUAUAUUAAAAAAAAUGUUCAUAUAAAAUUAAAUAUUUAAAUAUUUAAAUAUUUUAUAAAUAUUUUUUCAACUAUAUUAUGUUGUAAAAAAAUUUUGAAAUUUUUUCUUAUGAUCGAAAGAAAUCUUAAAAUGACUAAUAUUGUUUACUUGUUAUGAAUAAUGAAUUUUAAUACAAGUGUGUUACUGUAUAUUGUAUGUAGAUACUUGAGUACCUAGUAACUUUAUGAGAUAAUAUUGUAUUGUAAUGUACUACUAUUAUUAUCAUAGGAAUAAAUUAUGUAUUGAAGAAAUUAAAGACAUUCGUUGAGACAUGCAUUUUUA